AGAUUUAUAGUGUAUAGAUCGUGUCAUUCAUGACGACGCGUGCCUUAACUCGUAUUGCCAUGCUUUUAAAGCUCAGAUUUGCAAAUCUGCGUGUCAUCGUGGAUGACACGAAUUAUAAGUAUGUAAUUUUUCCUGACAAGCUCAAAAUGAAUAAAUGAAUGAAUAAAAAUCCCAUAUUUUUGACACUUUUCAAUUUGAAUGCAUCCUGUACCGCCAACUUAAUUUAUACAAAGUACUUCACAUAGUUGACAUAUAAGAGCACUGAACCCGUAUUUGUUGUGAUGUUAUCUCAUUAACCUGAAUUCAAUGAAGGUAGAAAUACGAGACAGUCGAAACAUAGGCUCAUACAAAUUGAACAACGUGCUCCAUUUCUGAAAUCGGGAACAAAAAACAAAAGAGAAAUGCUGGUGGAUAAAUCAAUGGUGACUCUGUCCGUGUUUUCAAUUGUUUUUGUAGUGGCAGUGGAAUACAAUAGGACGGAUGAAGGAUAUACUUUGGGAUUAUUUUCUGACUGUCAAGACUCCAUGAAACCAGCUAAAAUCAAGUCGGAAAGUCUUAAAAAGCUCUACCUAGUACUUGUUGGUGAACGCGGCAACUGGACCAUGUUCCACUAUUAUAGAGUAAAGGAAAUAGCCAGCCAUCAAGACUUUGAUAUCACGAAGAAAACCUUCCUGUACAUAGGAGGAUAUUGGGAUUCGACCACCUGGGGGCUUGGUCGUACAUUGGGGAAUAUUUAUAAGCAGUUGGGAUAUAAUGUGCUUCUUUUGGACAUGCUGUAUUUUACGACCACAUAUUUUACUGACUCAGUACGCCUGAUGCGCGAAGUCGGCAAGCAUGGGGCCGAAAUGCUUGCAACCCUAACCACGCUUGGACUCAACCCUACAACCCUAGAGAUAGCCGGCCUCAGCCUCGGAGGGCAGACCAUGAGCUUCGUAGCUAAAAACUACCGGAGGAUAACCGGACAAAAUGUCUCCAUGCUCAUUGGCAUGGACACGGGUGGUCCCUGCUUCAGACAUCUAGGGCCGGAUAACAGAUUAGAUCCAACGGACGCCGAUUUUGUCCUAGCCAUCAUCACGAACAGUGAAGGUUUUGGAAUAGGCACCCCUGUUGGACACGCGUCGUUUUACGUCAAUGGCGGGGAGUGGCAACCAGGGGAAAUAUCUUGGUUGCCAUGCGAUAUCAUGUGCAGUCAUAUGAGAGCAUAUUUCCUUUGGAUAUCAGCUCUCAUAAAUCCUGGGAACCUAAUAGCUGUACACUGUGAUACUGUGGCACAAGCAAAAGACGGUGAUUGCUUUGACAAAAAACCAUUAGUAACAAAUACAAUGGAUUUAACUAUUGAUAAAAGUAAACCAGGUAUAUAUUAUUUGCGAACGUCCAAUAGGUAUCCAUUUGGUUUGGGGGAAAAUGGAUUAAAGAAGAAAGGAAAAUCCGUCUCAUAUUUUAGGAAUUAUUAAAUGUUUGUACUGAAGACAGAUAAAUGCUAAUUUAUCUGUCAAAUUGUAAAUUGUGUAUUAAUGAUAAUGUAAUGUAGUUUAGUGUAUUGGAAAUGCGAUCA